AGCGAACGAGCGCCGGUGGAGCCCGCGUGGAGGGAGCCGCUGAUUGAUCCUGCAAGAUGAACACCCUGCUGUCGCGGGCCAACUCGCUGUUCGCCUUCACGCUGAGCGUCAUGGCGGCGCUCACCUUGGGCUGCAUCCUCACCACCGCCUUCAAAGACAGAAGCGCGCCAGUGCGCCUGCACGUCUCCAGGAUCCUGCUCAAAAUGGAAGACUUCACCGGACCCCGGAAGAAAAGCGACCUGGGCUUCAUCACGUUCCACAUCUCUGCCGACUUGGAGAAGACUUUCGACUGGAACGUCAAGCAGCUCUUCCUUUACCUCUCGGCAGAAUACUCCACCAAAAGCAACGCUGUGAACCAGGUGGUCCUCUGGGACAAGAUCCUUCUGCGAGGCGAGAACCCCAAGCUGGAUCUGAAAGAUGUCAAAAGCAAGUACUUUUUCUUUGACGACGGACACGGUCUCAAGGGAAACAGGAAUGUCACUUUGACUCUGUCCUGGCAAGUCAUACCGAUUGCAGGCAUUCUGCCUCUUGUGACUGGAUCCGGACGCGUGUCUGUCCCGUUUCCAGAUUCGUAUGAAAUAGCCACGACUUUUUGAAGAACUCUCUCUGCGUCUGAAUAAGGGACAU